AUGUCGGAAAAAUCGUCGAUUUUCAACUCUCCCAAACUAUACUCUUUCGAUUACUUCGCUGCCUGUACAAUUGGCGGUUUGAUCGCCUGCGGACCUACGCAUGCUUCCGUAACACCAUUGGACUUGGUCAAGUGUAGAAGACAGGUUGAUGCAUCGUUGUACAAGUCAAAUAUAGACGGAUGGCGCCAGAUUGUGAGAAACGAGGGCGGUCUCUCAAAAGUAUUCACGGGUUUCGGUGCUACAUUCAUCGGUUACUCGUUUCAAGGUGCUCUCAAAUACGGUGGAUACGAAUAUUUCAAGCACCAGUAUUCACAAUUGGUUUCCCCAGAAACGGCCCACAAUUACAGAACGGGGAUCUUUUUAGCAGCUUCUGCAUCCGCUGAAUUCGUGGCAGACAUUUUCUUGUGUCCCUGGGAAGCCAUCAAAGUGCGCCAACAAACGGCUCUGCCCCCACCGUUUGCUCGCAAUGUGUUCGAUGCGUAUUCCAAGAUGGUCAAGGCCGAAGGAUUUGCUAGUCUUUACAAAGGUAUCACUCCAUUGUGGUGCCGUCAAAUCCCUUACACGAUGUGCAAAUUCACGUCGUUCGAACGUAUUGUUGAGUCGAUCUAUGCCAGAUUGCCCAAACCCAAGAGCGAAAUGUCCAGUUUGGCUCAGAUCGGUGUGUCGUUUACCGGUGGUUAUCUGGCGGGUAUCUUGUGUGCCGUGGUGUCACACCCAGCCGAUGUGAUGGUGUCCAAGAUCAACAACGAGCGUCAAAAGGGCGAGUCCAUGGGCCACGCCAUGUCUCGUAUUUACGGCAAGAUCGGAUUUCCAGGUCUAUGGAACGGCCUUGCAGUCCGUAUUUUGAUGAUCGGUACUUUGACUAGUUUCCAAUGGUUGAUCUACGACUCGUUCAAAGCUGCCGUUGGCCUGCCCACCACUGGUUAA